AUGGAGCUUGUAAAUCGGGACGCUUCUCUUAAGGUGAAGGUUAUCAUUGCUCAUGUUGUUGAGAAAUACCGCUAUAUCAUAUCAUACAAAAAGGCAUGGAUUGCAAAGUGUAAGGCGAUUGAGUCGCUCUAUGGAAAUUGGGAGACAUCUUACAACGAUCUUCCGCAGUGGAUACUGGUAAUGAAAACAUAUCUUCCAGGUACCAUUAUAGAAUUACAAACCCUACCUGUGAUUUCAAAUGAUGGUUCAUACUUGGGUGACCAAAGGAUAUUUCAUCGUCUGUUUUGGGCGUUUAGACCAUGUAUACGUGGCUUCGCGUAUUGUAAACCAAUUGUGCAGGUUGAUGGAACUUGGUUGUAUGGCAAGUACAGAGGGACUCUGCUGAUGGCUGUGGCACAGGAUGGGAACGGAAACAUAUUUCCGAUAGCGUUCGCAUUGGUUGAAAGUGAAACAAAGGAAGCCUGGAGUUUCUUUCUUAAGAAUUUGAGAAUGCAUGUUACCCCCCAAGCAAACCUAUGCCUAAUAUCAGACAGGCAUGAAUCAAUAAAGAGUGCAUACAACAACCCGGAAAAUGGAUGGCAGUUUCCUCCUUCAUCACACGUCUAUUGCAUCAGACAUAUCGCGCAAAACUUCAUGCGGGAGAUUAAAGACAAGGAUCUGCGGAAAAUGGUUGUUAACAUGGGUUAUGCAUUAACAGAGGCAACGUUUAACUACUACCGGGGGGAAAUACGAAGAACAAACAACGACGCUUUAUCAUGGAUAGACAACAUCCCUCGCGAGAAGUGGGCAAGGGCAUUUGACGGAGGGAAACGCUGGGGUCACAUGACAACUAACCUAGCAGAAGCAAUGAACGCCGUGUUGAAAGAAACCCGGAACCUUCCAAUCACUGCGUUGGUCAAAUCUACGUACUAUCGUUUAGGAUCACUAUUUGGUAGAAGAGGCCAUCAGUGGACAAAAAUGUUAGCCUCUGGGCAGGUUUUCACUGAUAACUGCAACAAGGGGAUGGCUGAGGAAGUCAUCAAAGCUAACACGCAUAACGUCAUGCAGUUCGACCGAGAGAGAUUUUAUUUCAUGGUCCAAGAGAAGAUUAAUCAUAACGACGGUCGACCAACCGGAAUGUUCAGCGUUGAUCUAAGGAAACAACACUGUGACUGUGGGAAAUUUCAGGCAUUUCACUUACCUUGCUCUCAUGUAAUCGCAGCAUGUUCGAGCAUACGCCAGGACUAUUACAUUCACAUUCCAGACGUCUUCAAAAUUCGUAACGUCUUCAAGGUCUAUCAGGAGAGUUUCCUAGGACUUCCCCAUGAGGAGAAUUGGCCACAAUAUGAAGGAUAUACUCUUUGCCACGACGACUCUAUGAGAAGGAGGAAGAAAGGGCGCCCAAACAGCACCAGGAUUAGAACCGAGAUGGACGACGUUGAGAAGGAGAAGAGAAGGUGUGGAAUUUGUCGCGAAAUAGGACACAUGCGUAGGAAAUGUCCUAAUGUUGCAGGAUCAUCCCAACGACCUUCCAGAUGA